AUGGUGAACCAAGCAACCAGGCCAGACUGUAUUCUCUACCUCGUUAUCAAUUCUGCUAAUCCACACAUUGAAUCAAGGGUGAAAUUGCUAAAAAGACAAUAUUUUGCAAUAGUUGAGAUGAUGGGCACAGCUGGGAGUGGAUUUGGUUGGAACGACAAAGAUAAAAUGAUUGUGGUGGAGCGACAAAUUUUCAAUGAAUGGAAGAGUUCCCAUCCUAAUGCUAAUGGCCUCUAUAAUAAACCAUUUCCACAUUUUGAGGAGUUGGGAAUAGCAUUUGGUAGAGAUAGGGCUCAAGGAGGCAAUGCAGAAAAUGUAACUCAAGCAGUUGCUACAAUGGAGGCUGAGCGCGAAGCAACCUUGAGUGAUCGGCAAGUGAAUGAAAACACCCAAGUAAAUUUGGAAGAGACCGAAAUGGAAUAUGAAGCUGAUUCUCAGGAGCCUCCAACUCCUGGUGUUCCUGUUGCUCCCGGUGCUUCUGCUGCUCCUAGUUCUUCUGCUGCUCCUAGUGCUUCAUAUAUAGAAAGAAAUAAAAGAAAAAGAGGGAGCAAAAGUGAGGAAGUGAUUGACAUAGUAGUAGAAUCAAUGAGAGAUAUGAAAGGUGCUUAUCAAGAACACACAGCCGUUUUAGUUGAUAUGGUUUCUUGUUUUAAGCAUGAGAAAGAAGGAGCUGAGCGCAGAAUGAAGCUAAUGGCACUGUUAAGAGAUGUUCCUGGUUUGAGCGGUGAUGAUAGAAUGAAGGCUGGCCUUAGCAUUCUAAGGGACAAUAGUCUGAUCGACAUGGUGUUCCAACUUCAACCGGGGAACUUUUGCCUUUUUUGA